CUCGCGAGUCCGACGGAACCGAAUCCACGGAGCCGGACUCAGUCACCCCGAGCGACAUGGCAGGGACGGUCGCGGCUGGCGCGGCGGGCGACGAGACGGUGGCCAAGAUCUUCGAAACCAUGGAAUACGGACCCGCUCCCGAGGAUGCCAAAGUGGCGCAGGCGUGGCUGGAUGACCAUGGCCGCAAGUUUGGCCACUUCAUCAAUAACCAGUGGGUGUGUCCAGAAGGCCGUAAGACAUAUGAGACCAAAGACCCAUGCAAUGACAAGGUUCUGGCCUCAACCAUCCAAGGGACCCAGGAAGAUGUUGACCAGGCCGUAGGUGCAGCCAAGGAAGCAUUUCAGUCGUGGAGUUCCUUAUCUGGCCAUGCAAGGGCUCGUUACCUGUACAGCAUUGCCCGCCAUAUCCAGAAGCAUUCCCGCCUCUUAGCUGUUGUAGAGUCCCUGGACAAUGGCAAGACCAUCCGAGAGACGCGCGAUUGUGAUGUUCCCCUUGUGGUGCGCCAUCUCUACUACCAUGCAGGAUGGGCACAGUUAAUGGACUCCGAGAUGAAGGGGUGGAAGCCCGUUGGUGUGGUUGGUGCAAUCGUCCCAUGGAACUUCCCAGUGAUGUUGUUGGCAUGGAAAGUGUGUCCUGCUUUAGCUAUGGGGAAUACUGUGGUCCUGAAGCCAGCUACAAACACCCGCCUCUCUGCUUUGCUCUUCGCCGAAAUUUGCGCUGAGGCUGGCCUCCCCAAAGGAGUCUUCAAUGUGGUGACAGGAGGAGGAGCCAUGGGAUCCCUCCUUGCCACACACCCCGAUGUUGACAAAGUAGGGUUUACGGGAUCUACGGAGGUCGGCCAGAUUCUUAGAAGAGCUACUGCAGGCACAGGCAAGAAGCUGUCCCUUGAACUUGGUGGCAAGAGCCCUGUCAUUGUGUUUGAAUCAGCUGACCUAGAUUCUGCUGUAGAGGGUGUUGUUGAUGCAAUCUGGUUCAAUCAGGGUCAAGUCUGUUCUGCAGGCUCUCGUCUCCUUGUUCAAGAGCCUGUCUUUGACAAGUUUAUUAAUAAGUUGAAGCGAAGGAUGGAGAAGAUGCGUUUGGGAUCUUCCCUUGAUAAGGGCUUUGACAUGGGGGCCAUUAUUGAUCCUUGCCAGAAGAAAUUUAUUGCAGAAUAUGUUGAAGAGGCUAGAAAAGAAGGAGCUGAGGUGUUCCAAGUAGAGGCACCACCUGGCUGUUUUUACCCACCAACCCUGAUCACCGAUGUUGGCACCACGUCGAAAACUGUUGUGGAAGAGAUCUUUGGUCCCGUGCUAGUUGCUAUGCCCUUUAGAACUGCAAAGGAAGCCAUUGCACUUGCCAACAACACCAUCUAUGGCUUAGGUUCAUCUGUAUUUACAGAACAAAUGACCUUGGCCAUUGAGACAGCCAAGAUGAUAAAGGCUGGUGCUGUGUGGAUCAAUUGCCACAACAUGUUUGAUGCUGCAGCAGGCUUUGGGGGUUAUAAGCAGAGCGGCUACGGCAGAGAUGGAGGGAAGGAGGGACUCUUUGAAUAUGUCAAACCAUCAUGGCAAGGACGCUUGAGCUUUGUCCCGCCUGAGAUUGACCUCAAGAAGUUUGGUGCUUCAUACACAGCAGAUCGUCCGUCUAUCAGCCCAGCCAUGCCAGAGAUUAUUAGUGGAGAUAAAACUCUACCCCUUAUUGAUAAAACGUACAAACUCUACUAUGGUGGAGCCCAAAAACGUCCUGAUGGAAACUACUGUCGUGUCAUCAAAAAUGCUGAAGGAAAAGCCUAUGCUCUUGUCGGUGAAAGUAACAGGAAAGAUGUCCGUAAUGCAGUGGAAGCUGCAGCCAAGGCCCAGCCAGGAUGGGACAAGCGCAGCGGAUUCAACCGUUCGCAGAUCCUCUUCUACUUGGCAGAAAACCUGGAGCAGCGCCGCCAGGAGUUUGUAGACCAUCUCACGGUACUGACUGGGAAGAGCACCACAGAGUCUGAGAAGGAAGUAGAUGCAACCUUGGCCCGUCUCUUCCACUGGGCAGCCUUCUGUGACAAGUAUGGGGGAGCUGUGCAGGAGACACAGCUCUAUGGGACGGUGCUGAGGAUCCAUGAGCCUCUGGGAGUGAUUGGGGUGGCAUGUCCAGAUGAAGCUCCUCUCUUAGGGUUUAUCUCUCUCGUUGCACCAGCUAUUGCCCGGGGGAAUGCUGUGGUUGUCGUUCCCAGUGAGAAGUAUCCCUCUGUUGCUUUGGCUUUGUAUCAGGUGCUGGAAACCUCUGAUGUUCCAGGAGGAGUAAUCAACAUUUUGACUGGGGCCCGGGACCACAUAGCCAAGUAUUUGGCAGAGCAUCAGGAUCUCCAGUCCAUGUGGUAUUUUGGAAGCCUAGAAGGGUCCAAGUUUGUAGAGCACACAUCAGCUGUGAACGUCAAGAGGACUUGGGUCAACUACGGCAUGAAGCGCGACUGGUUUGACUCGGAGCAAGGCCAAGGAGAAGAGUUCCUGUAUCAUGCCAUUCAGGCCAAGAACAUCUGGCUUACUAUGGGUGAUAUCUUUGCAAAUUAGAUGAGGGAGAAGGCAGGAGGGAGAAUCCAUUGUGUUUCUGGGGGGAGGGGGGUAAUUUGAAAUAGUGCCUUAUGGAGAUUUUUUCCAGUAAUUCCUCUAUUGUCAAUAACUCCUUUUUUAUGUUACUUUUACCCUGUUAUUUGUUCCUAUAUUCAGAUCAAGUUCCCAGUGGAUUAAAUGUUUGAAUAAAAAUAGACUUGUUGGUUACAAGUUGAACCCAUUAUUCCAGUCGAUAAACUAGAUAUACUCUUAUACUGUAUUUUAUAUCUUGAAUGUCUUUAUUAUUUUUAUCUAUUUCUGACUAAAAGACAGGAAACAGCAGAACUCCAUGUUUCCACAAGAUAGGCGGGUGAAAAAGAAACUCAAAUUAAUGUAACAAGGAUAAAGUACCAGGUAAAAGGACUGUUUUGUUCUGUAUAAAACAAACCUACUUCAGAAAAAGCAAUUUGAUGUGUGACCCCUUUUACCCUAGGUAAUGAUCAUACCUAAUUAUGGCAAUUACCAUAUAUUAGCCUUUAAUGAUUAAGUUUGAGCAAUUUAACAUGCAGUCAAGAUCAAAUGAAUGAAUAUUUGAUAGAUAUCAGCCAUAUUUUGGAUUAUUGUUAGAAAUUGACUGGAAAGAGCAAAGUAAUAGUGGGAUUCUUUAUUCAGAUUGAAAGAUUUUCAUUUAUCCUUAUAAUGAUAUAAUCAUAAAUUUUAAGCCUGUGAAACUUCUUCUCUUUUUUUGUCAAGGAAAAACUAUUCAGUGAUUGUGCCAUAUUUUGAUAAAAAGAAGACAAAGAAAGGAAAGUUUUGUAUUAGAAAAAAACAUAUGUUAUUUUAGACUUAUUAUAUGUUGGUUAUUUCAUAGUAGUAUAUUAGAAGUAGUAAAUGUAAGAGUAUUAUUAUGUAAAAAGGAACAUUCCAUUGUUUUUUGUUAUUUUCAAAAUGAGAUUCACAAGUAGAUUUAUGAAAUAGAAUUUUGUGUAAUAUAAUUUUUAUAUUUUCUAUGUCAGUAGAGUAUAAUGUGGAUACAAGGCAGACAAAAAUAUUUUUAACACAUUACUGUGAAGACAGCUUAGAACUUGAAUGGUAAUGAAAAGUUAAAAAUGCAAAAGAGAAAAAUCAAAAUUUCCGUGCUUUAAACUUGUUGGUGAGCUAAAUGGCAGUCUUUUCCAUUUGUAAUUUGUUCCUUUUUGUAUGGAAUAGAAAUAGCUAUCACAGUUUACAGUAAGCAAGAAAUGGAGAAUGGAAACCUUUCUCUCUUUAGGAAUAAUUAUUUUGAUAUGGAGAUACUGUCACCUUUUCAAAACAAUUUCAUUCAUUUGUAAAGUGGUUAAAUAAAAGUUAUGGAAGGUUA